CUCAUGCUUACAAGGUAUUAUUGUUUAUGUGCUGUCAUUCUCACACUGUACUACUUUGCUUGAGCAAGCCAAUUGUACUGUGCUACCACUCACACACACACACAUGAACACAAACAUAUACACAGACACAUACGGUGGUGCAUCAUAUCCGUAGCCGUGUCCCUCUCACUAACAGAUUAAGUACUCACCCCUAGGUGAAAAUAAAAAACACUACUAGCUGGUAGUACUAGUAAAUAUUAAUUAACAACACUUAGUUGUCUUUUUAUAAUGUUAUAUGUUUUGCAGGGAACAGGCAAAACAAAAAUGAACGGAUGGAAAGGGAUGGAAUUAAUAGCUUCUCUUUCUUUUUCAAUAGGAAGAUAGAGCUAGCAAACAUGUCGUUCUCAGGCAUUGAAAGUCCCAACCAAUAACCAGUGUUCCAUAUUCUUGAAGGGGUAGGGUUAUUUUUGGUGCAGUCCCAAGCUUAAUAUUAAAAAUUCAUUCCAGAUAUGUAUUCCUCAAAUACCUCCCUCAACGGCAAUGAACUAAUCUCGUACCCUAACCAACCAUUUUGCUUUAGGCCUUUUUCCUUUGAAAGCAACCCAACUAAUUCUUCAAAAGAAGAAACCAAUUCGAAUUACGCCCUUCCUCUUCCUCCUCCUCCUCCUCUUUUGUCCUUUUUCCAAUCUCCCUUUGACGAAAAUAUCUUCCAGGAACACCACCAUGACUUCCUCCUACUUCACCACUCUCUAGCUGACUCUGGAGUACUCACCAAAAACCUUGACGUUGCGGCCGAAAUCUCGCCAAUUCCUUGCCCUGGAGAAGGCUCAAUUGCGAUGGAGCACACUCCAAGAAAGAGAUCCAGCAAGAGAGAUCGCCACAGCAAGAUCAACACCGCACGGGGCCUCAGAGAUCGAAGAAUGAGGUUGUCCCUCGAAGUCGCGAAGCGGUUUUUUGGGUUGCAAGACAUGCUAGGCUUUGACAAGGCCAGCAAAACCGUGGAUUGGUUACUAAACCAAGCAAAGGGUGAAAUCAAACAACUUGGAAGGGAAAAAACAAGUGUUGGUGGUGCGAAGAGUGCAUCAUCAACUUCGGAAUGCGAAGGGGUGUCUAGCUUGGACGAGGUUGUAGUGAGUGGAGGAGUUAACGAGGAGCAAGAGAGGGAGACAGUACCAAACAUGAAGAGAAGAACAAACAAGGUUUGUAGAAAGAGUGCAUUCAAUCCUAUUGAUAAGGAAUCGAGGGAAAAGGCAAGAGAAAGGGCAAGAGAAAGAACAAGAGAGAAGAUGAGAACUCGGAGAGUACUUGCUGAUGCAUCAAACCUGAACCGUUUGAGUUCUUGGAACCCCUUUGAAACGGUUGAAGACUCUGCGGGUACUACUCAUCAAAGCCAAAGCGUGAACCAUCCCUCCUUGGAUGUGCACCUUCCUGAGGCUGAUCAAGAACCAAGUUCUCACAACGCGAAGGAGCAUUGGGGAGAGAACAUGGCGCAUGAAGAUAAUUCUUUGGCGAUCAUGAACAAGUGGAGCCCAACUAUGAUGUUCAAUUCUCUUCACAACUCAGGAGUCCUUCAGGAACAUCAAUUUGCAGAAUUUCAGUCCUUGGGCAAACCUUGGGAAGCCUACAGCAAUCACAUCUAAUAUUGUGCUCAUCAUCGAUUGCACCCAUCAUGUUUUUGUGUCAGUAGAAUAAAAAUACAAUUAAUCAUGCUGUGUAUUUCUUUAAUUUCCUUUUGGCAUGUAAUGGGGUAAGGUAUCUUCCGUUUACUAGCAUAUGGGAAAUAAUAUUUCGUGAAUGCUUUGUAUGUCGUCUCCAUAUAUAAAAUUUUACUUCUUUCUUUUUUA